UUCAUUACAUGGGGGAACAGGAGCAGCAGACUCUGAAGUCCUCUGCCUGUAGCGGAUAUGAGGAAGGAGUUGGGUUUCCUGUUACUCUCUCCUCGAGCUUUGCUUUUCUCUCCUACAUCUUCAGAGCAGGUGUCUUUCCUCCUGUGCCUUGUUACCCAGCUGAGGGAGCAUCGGGAUCACAUAUGUGUUGGGGGAGCUGGAGACCCAAAGGGUGUUUCCUGACUUCUGCCAUACAGAGGGAAAGCACUCUUUGUUUUUCAGAGUAUGUCAGGAUGGUUUGCACAGUAUUCCAGAACCCUGCCUAAAACCACAAUGUUUCCUCUUUAAAUAUAAUUACUGCAAUGUUAUAUAACUUGAACUAUAAUGGAAUUGAAGUGAUUUUGUUUACUUAGACUUCUGUAGAAAAUUAAGUUACUUUAACUUUGCCAUUUCUAAGAGUUUAAAAACAUUCUUCUUUGCUCUCUUAGAAGUUAAAACCUAAAUAGAUAGUAGGGCUGGGGUUGGAUUUCAAUAAAUUGUUCGGAUGUGGAAUAGAUGUUACUUUGCUCUGGCUGUUUGCUUUCUCCGUGUGACUUUGGGCCUUCAGUGAGGUUAAAGAAGAGGAAAUGUAUCCUUCCUCUUACCCCGUCCCAGACUGUUACAGUUGGUGAUGUGUUUUCUGAUCUCUCUUUGCAGGAGUCCUUUGAAGAAAAAUGUGCUGCUUAGAUCAAUCCCAGCUUCUCCAUUAUCCUAAGAACUCUUAAGGAUGCUAGCAGAAAAGAAACACGUGAAACUGAAAGCUCAUCUGCAGCUCAGAAAAACAAAGACAUGGAGUUUUGAGGCAUGAAGGUAGCAUGGCGUCAGCCAUGGGUGAUCAAGACACAGCCAGAUAAUGUGGUUCAGUUUCUUUAAGCUGCGUCUUUUCUGCUGUCUGCUUGCAGUGUUGAUGGUAGUGGUGCUGAUCGUGAAUGUUACUCAGGUAGAGUACUUGGACCGUGAGACCGUCUCAGCCACAUUCGUCGACAGCAGUGGGCAGUUUGUUUCGCCUCAUGUGGUAGGGCCUAGCCGGAAUCUUUACUGUGGCUAUGAGCACCAGACUCUGUCCAGCCAGGAGCGUUUGGAGGAAGACUCCUUGCUGACUGCCUUACAGCUGCAGGUGCCUGACAUGGGUCCUGUCCCCUUUUUGAAGAGCAGUGACCCUUCUUCCAGCUACUUUGUCAUCUUGAACUCUGCAGCCUUCUUCAAAGUGGGAAGCCAGCUAGAGGUGCUGGUUCAUGUACAGGAUUUUCAAAGAAAGCCCAAGAAGUAUGGUGGAGACUACCUGCAGGCCCGAAUCCACUCUCCGAAGCUGCAGGCUGGGGCUGUAGGCAGAGUGGUAGACUACCACAAUGGGUUUUACAAGGUCUUUUUUACUUUGCUCUGGCCGGGCAGAGUUAAAGUGUCCAUAUCUCUGGUCCACCCCAGUGAAGGGAUCAGAGUUCUUCAUUACCUACAGGAAGAGAAACCAGACAGGGUCUAUUUCAAGAGUCUCUUUCGUUCAGGAAGAAAAUCUGAAACUACUGAGUGCAACAUGUGUCUUCCUAGGAGUCUGCCCCUGUGUAACUUUACAGAUCUGUACACUGGAGAACCCUGGUUCUGCUUCAAACCAAAGGUGCUUCCUUGCAGCAGCAGAAUCAACCAUUUCAAGGGUGGAUACCUGAAGGGCCUCCUAACUGCUGCAGAGAAUGCUUUCUUCCAGAGUGGUGUCAAUAUCAAAAUGCCAAUCAACUCCAGUGGACCUGACUGGGUGACUGUAAUGCCCAGGACAAUAAAAGACUUAGUGGAGUUUAACUUGGGGAGCCCCAAGAACGUGGGCCCCUUCCUCGCGGUGGACCAGAAGCACGGCAUCCUGCUGCACUACCGCUGCCACGGGCCGCCCAUCCGCUUCACCACCGUCUUCAGCAGUGAGCUCCGCUACGUGGCCAACGAGCUGAACGGCAUCGUGGGAGGGAAGGACACCGUGGUGGCCAUAGCCGUGUGGUCCCACUUCAGCACCUUCCCCUUGGAAGUGUAUAUCCGGCGGCUCAGGAACAUCCGCCGGGCGGUGGUGCAGCUCUUGGAUCGAAGCCCGAAGACCGUGGUGGUCAUCCGGACAGCCAACGCCCAGGAGCUGGGGCCUGAGGUGAGCCUUUUCAACAGCGACUGGUACAACUUCCAGCGGGACACCGUCCUUCGGAAGAUGUUCUCAGGGGUUGGAGUAUAUCUCGUUGAUGCCUGGGAGAUGACCCUGGCCCAUUAUUUACCCCACAAGCUACAUCCGGACGACGUUAUUGUGAAGAACCAACUAGACAUGUUCUUGUCCUUUGUGUGCCCCUUGAAGACUUAGCCUGCCCAGGAGGGAACUGGAGGAAUCACUUUCAGUGACCUUUUCCGUCACCUGUGUUACAGAAAGUUUAUGGGUGGCCCUGUGGAAAGAUGGCUACCAUUGAUAUGUAAAAAAAUUUCAAAAAGAGCGGGUUUUUGUAUAAUGAUUUGUGAGGAGCUUGGAAAACAGAGGUUAUAUUAUAUCUACCUAUAGGAUAUUUUCCAGCCUUGAUUUAGCCAUGGAAGAACCAUUAACGGCAUCCACACACUACAUUGUCCUUGUAACCAAAGAUGCAAAUAAGUGUGUUUCAGCUAGCUUCUGGGAGGGGAGAUUACUGUGCUUAAAAGUCUGAAAAAUGUUCUGACCUAAAUGGAAGGGACGAGUUUGGCUGGCAGUGGAGUGUUUGCGGCUUAUUUGGCAAAGGAAAUUGAGCACAUCAGCAUGAACAGCACAGUCCAUCUUCAGCGGGUAAACUAACGAGGCUUAUAAUCAGUGGCUCCUGUAACACACUGAAGACUGCCAUGGCUCAGAGUUUCUCUUGAUAAUUCACUUUUCUGAAUUACUUGAAAUGACCAGUGUCCUUGCUCAGAAUUUCUAGUGAGAAUAUUUACAAUGUCUUGCUCUUAUCUGGAAAGGAAGCAAAAGGGAGCUAUGAAAACAGUAUGUAUAAAAUCUUUGUGUUCAAUUAAUAUUUGCAUUGGGUGAUUGUUACUUAAUUCAGCUAAAUUUUACGUUAUGAAUGCUCAUUCUAAAAUAACCAUUUUUGGAACUGGAAGGGUGAAAUCUAUAAAUGGAAAUUUAUUUUUGUGUUCUGAAGUUUGAGGGUUUUUAGAAUUGACUUUUAUGUAAAGAGUCCUAUUUAUUAUAAAGUUGUGAAAAUUAUUUCCAUCUAUUUCAAGUGUUUCUUUUUUGGUUGUUAUUUUUGUUAAUGGCGAACAGCACAAGAUAUCGGAUCUUGGUCCUUGAGUUCAGCUAAGAAAAGAAUUCAGAGCCAGGGAACUCAAAUAUAAGCAAAAAUUUAUUUAGAAAGUAACAGGAGUAGAAGAAGUAAGUCAUAGAAGAAGUGAGCCAGCUGGGCUUCGUGGAUUCAGUAAACAAGUUACAAAGGCAAAAGAAGGGCCCUUGGAGCUUAGGAGAAAGAAAGGCAAAGAAAAUGCACCUGGGGGAAGCAAAGAGGGGAAGGUGUGGGUGUGCUCCGAAGAGACAGCAAGCAUGAGCUGUUCUCUAGAGAAAGAGAGCUGAGCUGGAUCCUUCGUCUUAAGGGUUUUUAUCUGGAUGUCUUAAGGGAGGAUCUCAAUAGAAUAUUCAUCAGCUUUUCAGAUGUAUCUGUUUAGGGUUGUGGCCUCUAAUGAUUGGUCAUUAGUCAUCGAAGCUGGUUCUGAUGUCUGCCACUGCGUCACCCCACCUGACCUUGCUGCGUUUCUGGGCCUGGAACUGAAACACAACUGAGGCCUAGAUGUUAUCUCUAGUUUGACCAAAGCUGUCUCUGUGAUCAACAAACCCAAGGCUUUGUUCUUAAGGUGAUUUGAUGCUGGGCAGAGCCUCAUUAUCUUGAGGGCUUAAUACUUAAGGGAGUGGUUGUGCAGGGGCUUGUAUAGAAAAGUAAUAUGAGGCUGUUCUCCAGCACUCCCCCACCCCGCCCACAUCAUCCUCUAAGAAGAUCUACCCACAUUACAAACGAUAUGCCAGGGAAGGAGAGGUCAGGGGAGGGUCCGAACUCCAUGAUCAGUGAUAUGAAAGGUCGGGGUCUAAACCCCAGGACCAGCCAUAUGGUAGGGGAGAAAAAGGUUACUCUGGGGGUGAAGCCCCACCCUAUAGUACUUGUCCUUCCACUUUUGCCCUUUGCUAGGUACCCGGGCUCUCCUUCCUGGUAACCUUCGGUACCUGACCUAUUGUUCCUACUCUGCUCAUGCCUAACUGCCUACUAUAUCAUUUGCAAUUGGGUACCCAUAUUAGAAAUUAAAAUCUAAUUUGAAAUUAAAGUUAGAUAUUGAAAUCUAUGACAAGUAUUCCUUGAUUUGGGCAUAAAGUACAUAAAAUUCUCUCAUGCUUGGAAUUCAAGAGCUGCUAUUUCUACUGGCUAUCUUAAAAUAAAUUUUACUUGACUAAA